CCAAGCUAUCGUAAAAGCGGUUCGGUUGGCUCUGUUGACAAGCGUCAGUAUCACGUCAAAAGAAGGGAUUUUAAACUAUUUAUUGAAUUGAAAAAUAUAUAACAGAUCAAAUAACGGUCUUACACAACACUUCAAGCAGGGCAGGUGUCUCAUUUGCCAGAUCACGGUUUCGUCGACCUUCGCUUCUCUGACGAACAAAUGCUGCACAUCAGGUGGAGAUGUAGGUUUACUUCACUUUCUAACUGCAGCCUUUGAAUUUGUGGGACUCUGCUGCCACAUGAUCAGAAGACCCCACUGCUCAACAUGAAACCUGUCAGCUAUCAAAGCGUGGCGUCAACAGUGAACGGAGGGCAUCAGAAUUUGGCCUUGGAUAGUGUAUUAAGCACGUCAAAUGUGAUGUACUGUGAGAAAUGUGGAUUCGCCUCUACAGAUGCUGCAGUGUUCAAGAAGCAUAUGAUCGAGCACAUGGGGACAAGGUUUUAUUGCUUUUAUUGUAACAAUGUCUCGUUCAGUGAGGCGGAGUUAAAUGCACACCUGAAGCAACACACUGCAAAAUAUCCGUUCAAAUGUCCUCACUGUGGACAGGGCUACAUGAGGAGGCUGUGCCUUGUGAAGCACAUUGAGCGUCUGCAUAGUAAAAGCAUCAAUCAAGGACCUGCUAAGCCCGGCAUGAUUAAAAUUCCUCAUGUGCCUGUCUCCAGUGCCUUACAAAGUGUGCCCACUGCUGAUCCAUCAUCACUUCGACCAGCUGUUCGGGUGAGGGUACCCACCCCGAGUUCACCUGCCGUCAGCUUGGGUAAAGAUGAGCAGAGAGGGAAAACACUGGACACAAAUGUAUCAAACAUCAUUAAUGGAAAUACAGAACUUUUGUCCCCUUUGAGUGGACUCAUUCAGCACAACAGGGCCCUGACUGUUUCUCUUCCAGAGGAAGUAACGAUCCCUGCUGGCUGCUUAGUUGAACUUGUUGAGGUGAAAACGGUUAAUGGGACAAAGGAACUAAAACUCAGGCUCGUCUCUCAACAGGAAAACGAGUCUGUGAUAAAAGACACAAGGACCACAGUCCUUCCUCAAAACACUGCAUUGGGAAAGCCAUUAUCAUCCACAUUAAAUCAUCAGACAUCCACAGUAAAGUCCGGGAGCAUGGGGAUGUGCACAGUUAACAAGAAACAGUGUGAAACAAAGACAGUGAAUGUGGAGCGUCCUGCUGUUGUCCCAGUCAGUAUUUCCAAAAACCUCCUGAAUCAAGUAAGCAAAGAAAAGAGUGCAUUGAAAAGAACAUCACAAGAAAUAAUUAACUUGGACGGUAACACAGUCAUUCCAAAUAAGAUUCCCAAAAGUAUCCUCAGUCCUGUAAAAGAAGGAAAUAGUGGGAUAAGAGUUACACAAAGAGGACCUUUAAGUCAUAAUGCACCUCCUAGCACUGUUAUCUCCACCGGGGUUGCCAACAGGUUGACUAGCACACUGCAUCCAGGCAGCACUGUUUCAUGUGUUUCUCAGAGAGCAGCGGAGGAGAGGAAGAAUUUAAUUCCAGAGCAUUGCAAGAGUGUCCUUGCCCGGAGAGCAAGUGACACAAAAAGCAAUCCUCGAGAUGCAUCUGUGGCUGUGAAGCUGGAACCCGGGGAGAUCCGCCUCAGGAACAACACUGUUUCAGAAAUGAUGAAAGAGGCAGUGGGCUUGAACCAGCAAAGUCUGAAUUCAGCUUCUCUUCCCUUGAGUGUUCCCUCAGCUGUAGCCAUCCAAGUGAGACCUCCAGCUAUUUUAGCAUGUAAGGAUAAAGUUGUUGCCAAUCAGUCUUUCCCAACACACAGAACUCUAAAUGAGCCAUCACCAGUCAAAACCUCUGUGCUUUCUAAUCAUACAAAUUCAAAGAUCUCAUCUUGGAAACCGGAAGUCAAGUUAAAUGAGAGAGCAGGAGAAAGAGACAUGCCAGAACCUGAGAGUUUUCCAAUCAUCUCCUCUGUGUUUUCAUUAAGUCAACAACCAGAGGAGGUGCAAGGCUCCAUUCAGCCACUGGUAAUAGCUCUGCAUGGCAUAGUGAUGGAUAAAAAUAACAGUUCUGACAGUACACGUCAAGAUCACAUCAAGAUAAAGAGCACAGAGCAGGCGAGGGAGGUGCCAACAUCGGGGAGCUGUGCUAAGGUGGCCACGAAAGAUUCAUCUUUCAUCGGCAACACUUCAUUGACCAAGCGGGCCGGUGACUCUGUAAAAGUAGAGGAGCAUGAUAAGGGUAUCCAGCAUCCUUCUGCACUGACCAACAACCAUAUUGAAGUCAAGAAGGAAAAAAAUAACACUACGCCAACAGAUAAUAAUAAAUGCAGUCCCACCCCUGUUUCACAAUCUUCAACAGAUCAGGGAUCUGUUUCUAAACUUGCCACGCACAUAGACGCAUCUGUGACAGCAGGUCCUCUACAGCAAGUGGCAAAAAGAGAGCAUGACAUCUCCUCAAAGUUCCUCACUGUCUCUCUGAAAAGGGUACAAGUAGGUGUUUGGAAAAAAAACAAGAAAGCACUCAAACUUAGAAUAUCCAAAUAUAAGACUCAUUUACCUAUGAGUAACGUAACUGAUUGUGCAGCUAUUUACCCAAUGCCGCUGAAGGUGGACCAACUGGUGAAACGACCAGGCCCAAACCAGCCUGUAGUGGUACUCAAUCACCCACAACCCCGUUCCCCUGUACAGGGAGCAAGAGCAGACACUAUUGCUGACACAGGAGCCUCUGAGGUGGUUCCAAAGUGCCAAAUCUUAAAAAUGAGACUGAGCAAAGUGAUGGGGCAGAAAUAUGAGGUGAUGGGAUGCACUGUUAGAGUCUUUCCAUGAACUUCUGGGACAGUGUAUCAAUGGACAAGUGUAUAUUUAUCAAGAAAUGAACAAGUAUCACAAUAGUAACAUGCUGGCUUCAAAAAAUGAAUUGAAACAUUAAGGCACUUGUUUUCUUUUGUGAGCAUAAUGUUUAUCACUGAACAUUGUGUUCAAUGUUUGUCUAUGUAUGUAUGGGAUAUGGAUUAUUCAAGUGCAAUGGAGUUUUGACUGCUUUGGGUCAUCGAGUAAGCACCAUCUGCUGUAGUAGAUUGCAGUCAGUGAUACACAGAUGUUGAGAACAGUUUCAGAAGUUUGAGAAACCAGUGGGUCUGUCAGAGUUAAAGCAUUAAGUACUCUUUAUUUUUUGUUUGAAUCAGUAAUGUUUUAUGCUUCAUCUGGCCCCUUUAAGAUGCGAUUUCAAGUAGCUGCAAUAUGUGCAACACACCUGAGAUUAUCAAAGAGGCAUUCAGAAUGAAAACAGUGCCACUUACAAAAUAAACAAAGCCAUGAAUUUAGCCCAUUUUAAUGAUGGAAAAAUCAGUGAGUGGCAAUAAAUAAUGACCAGAUGUUUGUGAUGAUAUCUGUGUUUUAUCUUGUGGGCAAAGUGUCACAUGCUGCGUACAAAAAACAUACUGUGACUAAGGUCUUAUUGAAGCAUUAAUCCCUAUUUUUCUGUUGUUAAUUUUCAUAUUAACAGAACAGUCCAAGGCAAGGAAAACAAAAAGUCCCUUUACAACCAUCAAAUAUCAGCAUAAGACACAGAACAUAGACAUAGAACUUUUCCAAGCCUGUACAAUGUCUUGAGUCUUACCCCCAUUUUUGCAUUUGUUGUGUUCAUAGCUAGUUGUGUAGGCACUUAUGCAGCAUUCUAAUUCAAGAGUUGCAUCCAGAUGUCAACUUUUCAAUUGCUGAUCAACUUGCGCACAUUGUUCCAUUUCAAAGGCUUCUUCAAAUUUGGCCUGAGAAACUUGGAUUUCCUUGAGAUCACAGUCAGUGUUUUAUGUGCAGCACUCAGUAUCCAUGUAGAGUCAUGUUUGGUGGUGCAUUCAGGCACUCUGUGCAAACUCUUAUAUUUGGGAAGUAUUACAUGGCCAUAAUGUAUUGUUCAGAUGGCCAUCAGUAAUUGAUAAGUCCAUCAAACAAACCUGGCCAAUGAAAAAGCCACUGCAAGGUGUAAAUACUUUCGCGAGGAGUUUGAAUGUUCUCCUCGUACCUGCAUGGGUUUCCUCUGGGUACUACAGCUUCCCCCCACAGAUCCAGAUAUAGAUGAGCUGUCCAUGGUGUAUCCCACAAGAGUCAGCCGGGAUUGGCACAGGAUCCCCUUGUGACCCUCAAAAAAGAAUAAGCAGUAGAGCUGAUGGAAGGAGGUGUAAAUAAUGGAAGCUCAGAAUAAACACUGGUGUUUGUUCUUGUUACGAUACUGAAUAUCAGAAAUGGAAGUGUCCCAGUUGUCCGUUGUGUGUUGUGAGAAGUUAAAUGUCACAGCUAUACUGUAAACUUGGUAAUAUGGAAGGCAACCCACUUUCCCAUCAGUAUUUCUUUUUUGAUAAACUUUAAUGUUUUUGACUUUACCACUAGGCCAGGAGUGCCUGAAUGCACUGUUAGUUUUGGUGAGCUUAUGAAUGGCUGCUUUCUGUUUAAAACUCUACUAGAAGGCUUAAAGGGCAAAAGUAAAGUCUGAAUGAAUCAUUGGGAAUUUAUCUGUUAGUUUUCAGUCUCAUGUUAACGUGAACUUGAUGAUUACUUUAUACUUUUUAUUACUCUUAUCACAUUGGGCGUGUGUUUUAAUGGACCUGAACGUGUAAGUAAUCACAGAUUUUUGUGAUUAUUUGAGCUUCUGUCCUAAAAGAAGUGUUAAUUCCAUCGAAUCCUCUCCUCGUUGUUUCUCUUUGUACAGUUUGCUUUGUAGCCAUAAUUGAGAAAAAGCUGAGGAUCCACAGUGAUACACAACGGAGUAAUCCAAACCGGUUUAUUAUGAUAAUCGAAAGAAAACCUUGUACUUGUAUUUUUUUUGUAAUUUUUAUUUUAUUUUACCGCCAUGUAGAUACUCUGACUGUGGUGAUUCUUGGACACUCAAAACCUAUUAAAACCUGCUGUAUAUUUUUCAAAAACCAUCAAAAGGACAUAAGCAAUCUGCUAUCCUGAUACUUUGCAGAUCUGUUUCUCAUCUUAACGGCAGCAUUACGACACCUGUGUGUUCUUGUUUAUAAUGUAUUCAUGAUAUAUGAGGUGCUAGACCUAUGAUUUAUAGGUUUUGGUUGCCCACAGUUUUUAUUGUGUAUAUACAUUUUGGUCACUCAAAGAUUUUAUUGUGUAUAUACCAAUGAAUAUGAUAUGUGAUGACUGGUGUUCAUACUAGGGAAUGGCUAACAUUCCACUGCCUCUCCUGCAGCAGCAAUUAUGUUGUGCUUUUCUUUUCUUACGUUGCAGUUUCUGAAGCUGCUGUGCAGUCUUUGUUAUAUAUAAUUAUUUUUAAGGUGUUUGACAAUUUAAAAUGUUACUUUGCCUUUCAUUCACUCCUCAUUUGUGUUAGAAUUACUCAUGUUUCAGUUAAACAGUUGGUUUUACUACAUUUAUCAUCAUCGUGUUGCCAUGCUUUUAUAAACAGUUGUGUAACACUUCCUUUUUCAUUUAAAACAAAGUAAAUAUGAUCACAAUUUAUAUGGCUUUAUCCAUUUUGUUUAAAAUAACUGCAUCACAUAAAGUGCCCAUGACCAUA